AACUCUGCCACUUUGUUCGGUUCCCCCCUCCCCUUGCUCCCAUUGCCUCUUGGUUCCACCCUUAUUCAACCCCUUCCCCACUUGAGUUGCACCAACACUAAUAAGCACUCUCACUUUCCUGUGACCUCUCUCCGUUCUCCUCACCCCCCGGUCAUGGCGGCUGCUGAAGAAGGGGUGCAGCCACUCAUGUAUCAGACUGUGGCUCUGAAGGUCAGCAUCCACUGUGAGGGCUGCAAGAAGAAGGUCAAGAAGGUGCUACAGACCAUAGAAGGUGUUUAUAAGACGGACAUAGACACCCAGCAGCACAAGGUAGUGGUCGUUGGCAAUGUCUCCGUCGACGCGCUCGUCAAGAAGCUCAUCAAGACCGGCAAGCACGCCGAGCCGUGGCCGGAGCCCCUUCCUCCCCCCUCUGACGCUAACUCGCCUGCCGGGUGCGGUGGUGGCAGCGGCGGUGGCGGCGGCGGUGGCGGUGGCGGCAAGAAGAAGAAGAAAAAGAAGAAUAAAAAUAAGCCCACCGAGCCGGCGCCGCCGGGUGCCGCGACGGCGGAAGGUGGUGGCGGCUCCGUUCCCCCGGAGAAUCACGACCACGAGGGCACGUGCGAUGAGGCGUCCGGCGACGAGCAGCCUCACCAGGACCAGGUUGAAGGCGGCGGUGGUGGAGGCGGGGACCCACCGAAGAACCCGGGUGCCGGAGACCCGCACGACGGACGGGCCGCUUUCGCCAUGACGCCGCACGGCAUGCAGCCCAUGCCACCCAGCGCCAAUGCCUCCGGUGGUGGCGGCGGCGGCAAGAAGAAAAAGAAAGGCAAGGGAGGCAGCAACGGCAAUGCCAACGGCGGAGACGGCGCCGGUGCAACAGCGCAGAUGAACCCACACGACGCGCCCGCGAAUCCCGUCACAGGAAACGACGGUCGGAACGCCCCCGCCGUCGUCGACGCCGGGGCCUACCCGCCCGCCACCGCGAUGAGCUACCCGGGCUACUACGGCGGCGGCGCCGGCGCAGGGCACAUGCCGUACGCCAUGAGCUACAGCACCUCGCACCCGCACCGGAGCAGCGCGUACUACCACCCGAUGGCCGGCGCGGCCUACACGGGCGGCGCGGGGUACUACUACUCAACGGCACCGGUGUCGGCGGCGCCGGGGUCGUAUUACAUGUUCAGCGAGGAGAACGCCAACGCGUGCAGCGUCAUGUGAGGUCGUUUGUUAUUUAAAUCGAGGUUAUUAGAUGAUUAAUUAACUGGCCCCUUGUGUUGUUUAAGCAGCUUUAGCUAGUAUUAGUAUGGUCAUCUUGCUGUUGUAAGCUGCAACGUUCUUGGAGCUUGCUUGUAUUGCAACCUAUUCAUGGCAUGGCAAUUGGCUGUCAACCAAAUUGUUAGUCAGUGUUGCGACUUGAUGGCAAA